UGCACUUUUCACGCUACCGUGUAGCAGUGCUCACCCCAGCUGUCGACAAGCGCGGGCUCUAAGCCAAACCGUGCGCGGAGUUUGCAACCACUGGCGUGCGACGUAACCCCGCGCCAGCCUAAGGACACGCAGCCAUGCUCAUCGCUGCAGCGCGCCGCGCCGCGCCCCGAGCUGCACCCUGCUGCAUUGGCACUGUACGCACUGCAACGCGCCGAGCCCACCAGCUCCCGCGCGCCGCGACCACCGCUCCGAGAAGGCCAAAAAUAACGACGCCGAGGCGGUCCUUCCUCGCGCUGCCGCAGGGCGAAGCUUUACCUGUGGUCGGCGGCCUCAUCGGCGCCAAUUGUUUGGUGUAUGGCGCGUGGCAGGUCGUCGACCCGCGCGUGAUGACGCGGCACUUCACGCUGUCGAACGACGACGUCCUCCAAUACCCGCACACGCUCGUCACGAGCUUUUUUAGUCAUGCGAGCGGCUGGCACCUUCUGGGGAACAUGGUGACGUUGUUUUUCUUCGGCCCCGAAGCCAUCGGCGCGCUGGGCGCGGCGCGCUUCCUCGCGGUUUAUGGAGGGGCUGGAUUAGUCGCGAACAGCGCCCAGCUGGCCACAAACGCCUACGCGAAUAUGAGGCGCGACCCGUACUUCCGCACGCGAUCACCUAGAUGCCUAGGGGCGUCGGGCGCCGUGAACGCGGCCGUGGCCUACGGCUGUUUGUUAAAUCCGUGGCGCAUGAUCAUCGUGUUCGCCGAGUUCCUGCCGCUGCGUCGGCGCCCGGCGUCCGUCCUAUUCAGCGUGCGAGCGUCGCGAUGGUCGCGGCGAUGGCGUACUGGUGGGAAUUCUACCUCCACGCCAUCGACUGAGCGCAUAAAUGGCGUAUGAGCUGUCACGCCAUCGCCGCGACGCCAUCGACGCGACGCCAUCGACGCGACUCGUUCCCCGCGCAGCGCUGCCCGCGCUUUUAUAUGGAGGCGCGUUCCUCGCCAAGGACCUCGGCGCUUUGUUCGAUGUACACAUCCCCUACGUGUCGGACCGCGCGCACGGCAUCGCCCACGGCGCGCACGUCGGCGGCACCCUUGUAUGAUAUACGGCGUCCUCGUGUCACAUUGAGAGAGAGAGACGAUGACGAUUAGUACACCUGACGUUGUCCGAGCGCGCCUCUGAGGACAACCCUUACUUCCAGUCUUUGCCGACUUCCUUCCGAGUCUCCCUGCUCUCUUCGUGUCGCGUCGACUGGCGUCUGUGGCGCUUGCUUAUCCUUUCGCGCGCAGGUCGGCGUCGGCGCGUUCUUCCUGAUGGGUCGCCGGGGACAGUUCCGGC